GAUCUACACUAAUUAAAACAAACAAACAAAAAGGUACUUUCCUCUACCCAAACCUCUGUUCUUCGUAAUGCAUUUGUUUUGCAACAUUUGAUAGAAAAUCGCUUAUUUUUCGCUUUCGUUUAAGUGUUUAAGUAAGGAAAAUGGCAGGAAAAGGUGGUAAAGGGCUUGUAGCGGGGAAGACAACAGCUGCGGCGGCUGCUAACAAAGAGAAAGACAAGAAGAAGCCGAUCUCUCGUUCAUCUCGCGCUGGUCUGCAGUUUCCAGUGGGAAGAAUUCACCGUCAGCUCAAGACCAGAACCUCAGCCCAUGGUAGAGUUGGAGCUACAGCAGCUGUUUACUCUGCUGCAAUUCUGGAAUACCUGACUGCAGAGGUUCUUGAAUUAGCUGGUAAUGCCAGCAAGGAUCUUAAAGUGAAGAGAAUCACCCCCAGGCACUUGCAACUUGCCAUUCGUGGAGACGAGGAACUUGACACCCUUAUCAAAGGUACCAUUGCUGGUGGUGGUGUCAUCCCUCACAUUCACAAAUCCCUCAUAAACAAAACCACCAAGGAGUGAAAUUCUCCUGCUUUAUCUAGAUGUAUCUUGACUUUUGAGAUUGCCCAUCUUAGUGUUUUUUCCCUGUUUUAUUUGGAUUGAUAUAGUACUUGCUGGUCAUGUUCGAGUAGAAUAACCUAUGUGAUGUAUUGAACAUAUUAGUUGGUAUUUUUAUUUUGUUGGUUUUAGUUGGUA